AUGAGUCAAUACGUCCAUGUACCAAAAUCAGAGCUCGAUGAAGCUCAGCUUCGUGCUUUGGAGGAGCACGAAAUCAGCCAGGGCCCAUUAUCCGUAUUACAGCAGGCCGUCAGAAAUCAUACGCAAGUCCUCAUCUCGCUACGAAACAACAAAAAACUUCUCGCUCGCGUGAAGGCGUUCGAUAGGCACAGUACUGGAAAAUGUAAAAGAGUGCAAACUUUCGUUCAGAUGUGGACAGAACUGCCCAAGGGUAAAAACAAAAAGCCUGUAAACAAGGAUAGGUUCAUCAGCAAGAUGUUCUUGCGGGGCGAUUCAGUGAUUCUGAUACUUCGCAACACUGCAUAA